CCAGGUUGAGGUCUUCCGCCUCGAUUUCCGUAGCACUAGCAGGGACGCCGGAUUAGUGGUGUCAUCAACGGUCAAGAGGGCCUCGUGCGAUGUGGGAACAGAAGAAGCAGCGCUUGCAGAAGCAGGAGAGACGAAGAAGCGGCGGUGUGUGGAUAGCAGUAGCAUUCUUUCCAGUGGCGAUGCGGCUGUGCAAGCCUGUGAGGCACCAGCGCCAUCAUCAACAGCAGCAGCAGCAGCAGCAGCAGCAGAAGUACCUGCUGCUAGCGAGCCAUCCAUCAGCAAGACAUCCGAAGUCAAAGAAGCAGCAAGGCACAUAAACACUCUCCCAGCACCUGAGCCACAACCAGCCCCGGCGUUGCGAUUCUCCUACCUCCCACAUUCCACUGUGCACUUGAUGCCUCUGGGCCAAUUCCUAUCAACCUGCAGAGGAACCCAUGCUCGACGGUCCGCUCAAACGUCUGCUGAACAAUCCAAGUCAUCAGAGUCGCCCCUGCCAGCAUGGCAACUGUUGUAUCUGGCGUGGCGUGGACUUCCCCAAUCAUCUGCGUUCAUACAGUCAGACAUUGACUUCAGUCUCACUGAGAAAUCUCAAUGUCCAGACGAGCAGCUGUCCAGUGGAAGCACGCCACAUGGCUUCCGAACAUUCAUAGACCAGCUGCUGGUUCCCACGCUUUCUCCUCCUUUCCUGGAGGCUCUCAGACAACAGGAGGCACAAUGCAACAAAAUUAAAGAGGCAGCGGACAAAGGGAGCCAAGCGAGGGCGAGGGGAUCAGGGGUUACAGGAUGUUUGGCUGGUGGCCGUGAGCAAUGGAACUUGUGGGUGGGACGGAGUGCCACAAGUCAGAUUCACUUUGAUGGCAUGGACAAUGUUCACGUGUGCUUGCAGGGCAGCAAGAUCAUUCAUCUCUACAGCCCCUCUGACUCCAUCUUCCUCUAUCCCAUGCCUUGGAGCGAAGAUCGUAUCAACAACAAAUCGUCUCUGCCUUCCAUCCUCACUGCGUGCCCUGAAAAGUAUCCUCUUGUUUUCUCCCAGGCUACAUGUUACCGAGUCCAGGUGAGGGCUUCCAUUGCUCUACCGUAUCUCAAUUUCAACAGGAUCGUAUUAUGUACAAAAAGUACUCUACUACCUGUUGUUGGUGCCUAUGUACAGCUAAUGCAGGGAGAAGCGAUCUUCAUACCAGCAGGAUGGUGGCACGAGGUUUUCACCUUCGGUCCCAUGACUGUUUCUGCCAAUGUUUGGUUUCCACCCCAUCCAUCGUGUCAUCUCAGGCCCACUCUUAUGAUGCUCCACUCA